UUUAUUUUGGAACCAAUUUAGUUUGCGUUUAAUUUAGGCAAAAAUCUUUAGGAUUUAUCCCAAAAAAUUCAGUGAUAUUUAUUUUGUGAUUUUAAAAUAAAAAAUAUAAUUAUGGUUACCGGUAAUGAUGAUUCUAUUGAAGUUGAAAAUCAAGAAUCUAUCGGUCCGACUGUAAAUAAUCAGGCGACAAAUGUUUCGAAUAAAAUCCUAAUCAAAGGUCGUAAAAUGAAAAGAUUAACAAAAAAAUUAAAUGAAUUGGAUGAAAGUGAUGAAGAAUUUUUCAAUUCUUCUGAUGAUAAGAAAAAAUCCAAAUCUAAUCAACAAAGUGAAAAUUCUUCCGUAAAAUCUUCUUCUUCUUCUGAUGAUAAUAAUAAAACAUUUGGAUUAAAAUUUCAUAAUAAACUAUUGAAUACUGGUAAAAUUUUAUCACAUUGGAAUGAUAAUCCACAGAAAAUUAUUGUCGAUAUGAAACUAAUGGAAAGAACGAAUAAAAUAAUACAGAAAAUUGCUACUGUUGGUCUUGAUAAUUCAAUCAAUAACGUUAGUGAUAAUGAAACAAAUUUCGAAUCAAAACCACUUGAACGUUGGUCUUCUAGUAUACAUCCCGAACAUGAAAUUGAUAAAACGAAUCCAAUUAUUGAGGAAAAACUGGCAAGAAUUCAACAAGUUGAAAAACAAAUUGCCCGAUCUGAAUCGAUAAAAAAUGAUGAAACAAUUUUUUAUGAUAAAGAAAAUUGUCCGUUAUCGAACGAUAUGGAAAAAUCUAAAGAAUUUUUUGAUAAAACUUUAUCCAUAAAUGAUACGGCACAAGUUUUGAAAAAUUUUUCAUCAAUUACAAAUUCAUGGUUAUCUGGUUUAAGUUCGGCAACAAAAUUAGUUGGUGAAGCAACCAAAACAGCAGCAUCAACAACUAUGAAUCAUGCUGCAAAACAUUUAGUCAAUGCACAGAAUAUAAUAUCAACAAAUGCAUCUGCAGUUGUUGAUGUAAGUUUACCUGUUGUAACCAAAGUUUUUGAACCAGAAGAUAAACAAGUUUCAAAUGCCGAACAAGAUUCUUUCGUCACCGACGAUUGGAUAAAUAAUGAUGAUGAUGAUGAUUGGGAUGAUCCAAUUGUUUUGACUAAAAAAAGUGAACCUUUUUCAAACGAAACGAAAGAAAUUCAAAAAAUUAGUCCUAUUAUUUCAAAUUCAAAUAAGUCAUUGGAAAAAGAAGUGUCACUAGAUGAACAAUCAACGAAAAUGACUGAAUCAGAUGGCAUAGAGAAAAUCGAUUCGAAAGCUAAUGAUGAUGGUUGGGAUGAUUGGGAUGAUGAAACAAACGAAGAAAAUGUAGAAUCUUCCUUGGAUGAUUUGAAAUCAAAGAAUGUUGAAGAUAAAACAUCGAAUUUAAUAAUUGAAGAAUUUCCCAAAGAAAGUAAUCAGGCCAUGGAUGAACAAAAUGAUUGGGAUGAUAAUGAAAUCGAUAUACAAAUAACUGAUGAACAAUUGGAUUCUCCUGAAAUGGAACAAAAAUCUGAAGAAAAUGAAGAUAAUGAUGUUGAGCCAACGACCCCAGAAGAAUCGCCUUCUGAUCAACAAAAUAAUGACGAAUUAACAGAAUCAGAAUUAGAAGAAAGAAGAAAAGCAGUAUUUCCCGGUAUCGGUAGGAUUUAUGAUGAUGAUGGUGUUCAAAUUCUUUGUACCUGUCCGGCUUAUUAUCCACCGCCUGAAAAUGUUGAUAAUGCUGAAAAUGAAAUUGUAAAUGGAUGGGAUGAUCAGGAUGAUAAUGAAAUCGAGUUACAAAUACCUGAUGAACAACCGAAUUUACCUGAAAUAGAAGAAAAUAAUGUUGAUCAAACGACCCUAGAAGAAGAAUCGCCUUCCGAUCAACAAAAUAAUGACGAAUUAACAGAAGCAGAAUUGGAAGAAAGAAGGAAAGCAAUAUUUCCCGGUAUUGGUCGAAUUUAUGAUGAUAAUGGUGUACAAAUCCUUUGUAUUUGUCCGGCUUAUCAUCCACCGCCUACAGACGCUGUAAAUGAUAAUGAUGAUGAAAUUGUAGAUGGUUGGGAUGAUUGGGAAGAUAAGGAUAUCGAUGUACCUGAUGAACAACCAGAUCCAACUGAAAUUGAACCAAAACCCGAAGAAAUCGAACAACCCAUUGAAGACUCAAUCCAUUCGAAUAAUGUGAAUGAUACGUUGUUGAUCGAAGAAAAUGAAUCAAAUAAUCAAGAAACUGAUUCGAAUGACAAUAAAAAUCAAGAAUCUACAAUACCUUCAUCUUUUGACAUUGAAAAACCAUUUUCAGAUGAAAAGAUUUCAACUAAUCCAGAUUCACAAUGGGAAAAUUCUGAAAAUUUUGAAUGCAAUAUUCCUAUCGAAACAAUGUCAGAUUCAGAUGAAAUCAAAGAUGAAAACAUUACAACUGUGAUAAAGAACUUUAAUGUAUUAUCUUCAGCACCUAUUCCCGAAGAAAUCGACAUACAAAUAUGUGAUGAACAACCCGAUUUACCUGAAAUGGAAGAAAAUGAUGUUGAGCAAACGACAACAGAAAAAUCGCCAUCCGAUCAGCAAAAUGUUGACCACGAAUUACGAAUAUCAGAUGAGGAUUUCAUUAUGAAUUGCAACCAAGAAGAGAAAAAUGAUUGGUGUGAUGAAAAUAUUGACAUUCAAAAUGAAAUGAAAAUCGAUGAUGAUGAUGAUGAUGAAGUUAUCAAUGAAGAUUUGCAAUCAAAUAUGAUUGAAAAUCAUGUUGAAAAUAACGAUGUAAAAUCCAUCAAUUCAAAUGAUGGAGAAACAAACAUUGUUGAUAAUUCAAUUGAUAAUCAAUUUGACAGUUCGACAGAACAGCUAGAAUCAAUACAAACAUCAUUUAAUGAACCGGAAAAAAUAGAUUCGGCUGUAUUAAUUUUGCCUCAUUCGACUGAAACUCCCAUGCAUAAAAUUGUUAAAAAGUCUGAUCCGAUAUUUGAUGAAAAGCAAGAUGAUUGGACUGAAUCAUCCCAGCAUAAAAUCGUUAAAAAGUGUGAUCCAAUAUUUGAAGAUAAACAGGAUGAUUGGAAUGAAUCUCCCGUGCAUAAAAUUGUUAAAAAGUCUGAUCCGGUAUUUGAUGAUAAGCAAGAUGGUUGGGAUGAUUGGGAGGAAGAACCCGAAAAACCUCAAUUCGAUCAGAAGAAAUCUUUGAAAUCUGAAGAAAAAAUGAAAACUUCCAGCAUAGAAUUUGAAUCCGUUUCAAACGUACCGAUAGAACAAGGAAACUUAGAGAAUCUUGAAGUUAUCAAAAAAUCCAAGUUAAAUUCCGUUUUAAAAAAUAAAGAAUCCACAACAAAAGCUAAAUCAGAAAAAUCUCAACCUAAAUUCAAAGAAAUAACCGAUAAUAAUGAUGAUUGGAAUGAUUGGACAGAAAAAGAUUCUAUGAUUGUUGAAACAAAACCAUUGUUGAAAACAGAUUCAAAGAUCAAUCGUUUAUUGUCCAAAAACAAACCAAAAUUCAAUAUUGUUGAUCGUUUUGAUUCUGAUUCUAAAGAUCAACAAAACAAAACGAAACCUAAAUUUGCCAAAAUUGUUGAUGAUGAUAAUGAUUGGAAUGAACAAGAUUGGACCGAAUCA